GUCGGAUCUGGUGUCGGAUCAAAUCAGUCGUGAGUAUUGUACAUACCUGCGUGGACGAGUGGGGGCCGGAGCUGUCUAUACGUGUCCUACAAUUCGCAAGUCUUGCCUUGAUUUUCAACGAGGGUAAGGAUUGAAUUGCUUUGAAAAUGGGGGCGAUGUUCAGGAGCGAGGAGAUGGUCCUUUGCCAGCUGUUCAUUCAGCCGGAGACAGCUUACCUUUCUGUUUCCGAACUUGGAGAAACUGGUACGGUGCAAUUUCGUGAUCUGAACGGCGACCUGAAUUAUUUUCAACGGAAGUUCGUCAACGAGGUCCGACGAUGCGAUGAACUAGAGCGCAAGCUUCGAUACAUCGAGGCGGAGGUCAAGAAAGACGGUGUACCGAUUCCAGACAAUCUUAGGGAAUUACCACGUGCGCCCAAUCCACGUGCGAUCAUCGACCUCGAGGCGCAUCUCGAGAAAACGGAGAAUGACAUACAAGAGCUGAGCCAGAACGCGGUGAACAUGAAGAGCAACUAUCUCGAGCUGACGGAAUUACAGCAUGUACUCGAGAAGACGCAAGCGUUCUUCACGGAGAAUCAAGAUACGUUUCUUCUUCUUCUAUAUCAACAGGAAGAGGCCAAUGACUCGAUCACCAAGGCGCUUAUCAACGAGGAAGCACCCAAUCCCGUCGUUUCGACUCACGGACGUCUGGAAUUCGUCGGAGGGGUAAUAAAUCGCGAACGCGUUCCAGCCUUUGAGAGAAUGCUCUGGCGUAUCUCACGUGGGAACGUUUUUCUUCGGCAAACCGAACUUGAUAAGCCACUGGAGGAUCCGGCUACGGGCAACGAAAUCUACAAAACGGCCUUUGUGGCGUUUUUUCAAGGGGAACAAUUGAAGAGUCGUAUUAAAAAGGUUUGCACUGGCUUUCACGCCUCGCUUUACCCGUGUCCGACCAGCCAUGCAGAACGUCAGGAAAUGCUGAAAGGUGUGCGAACGCGGCUAGAAGACCUUAAAAUGGUGCUAAACCAAACGCAAGAUCAUCGCAACCGUGUUCUGCAUAACGUAGCGAAGGAGUUACCGAACUGGAGUAUCAUGGUGCGAAAGAUGAAAGCUAUUUAUCACACGAUGAAUCUGUUCAACAUGGACGUUUCGAAGAAGUGUCUCAUCGGAGAGUGCUGGAUGCCUAUUGCUGAUCUUGGGACUGUACAAAAUUGUCUCACGGAAGGAUCGCGACAGUGUGGCAGCUCCAUACCGUCUUUCCUCAACGUGAUCCACUCGGAUGAAAAUCCUCCGACGUUUAACAGAACGAACAAGUUCACGAGAGGCUUUCAAAAUCUAAUAGACGCGUACGGUGUGGCAUCGUAUCGCGAAGCUAACCCGGCGCUGUACACUAUCAUUACAUUUCCCUUUCUGUUCGCCGUUAUGUUCGGCGACGCUGGCCAUGGACUGAUACUGACGCUUUUUGCUUUGGCUAUGGUUUUAAUGGAGAAAAAGAUCAGCGCGCAAAAGUCAAACAACGAAAUCGGAAAUUUAUUUUUCGGCGGUCGUUACAUCAUCCUCCUCAUGGGUUUGUUUUCCAUCUACAGUGGUUUUAUCUACAACGACAUAUUUGCAAAGUCAGUUAACAUAUUCGGAUCUAGUUGGAGAGCCCAGUUUACAUUUAACGAUACGAUACUCAACAAAACGCUAGAGUUGUUGCCAGACGUGAACAGGAGCUACCUGCAGUAUCCCUAUCCUUUGGGGGUAGAUCCGGUUUGGAAUUUCGCCCAGAACAAAAUUGUGUUUCACAAUUCGUUCAAGAUGAAACUGUCGAUUAUUCUUGGCGUCGCGCACAUGAUCUUCGGCGUCUGCAUGAACGUCGUCAAUAUGAUGUACUUCAAGAAAUAUUCCAGCUUGUUCCUUGAAUUUCUACCACAAUUGCUCUUCCUUAUAUUACUAUUUUGUUACAUGACUGUCCUGAUGUUUGUUAAAUGGAUUUUGUACGAGGCUUCACCGUUAGACCCAGGGCGAAAAGCUGGUUGCGCACCUUCGGUGCUAAUUACGUUUAUUAACAUGAUGCUUUUCAAACAUGCCGUUGUACCGAAGGAUUGUUCCGAGUAUAUGUUCGACGGACAGGAAAUUUUGCAGUGGGUUCUGCUUUUCACUGCCCUCGCGUGCGUUCCGGUGAUGCUUUUCGGAAAGCCACUAUAUAUUUUAAUUACACAGAGACUAAAGCCAGGAAAGAUUUACCAUAGCAACGGGAGUGCGUCCCCGGACAUCGAGCUGCAGACCCAAGACCUGUCGGGCGCAGGGACCAGCAAGGACACGGCGGCGGAUGCUCACGGCCACGACGACGAUAGCUUCAGCGAACUGAUGAUCCAUCAGAUCAUCCAUACCAUAGAAUACGUUCUGUCUACCGUUUCUCAUACUGCUUCGUACUUGCGUCUUUGGGCUCUGUCGUUGGCCCACUCUCAACUGUCAGAGGUGCUCUGGAACAGAGUGUUGCGGAUAGGCUUAGGCGCCGAGGAGGAUCAGUAUGUCUAUAGCGUUAUUCUGUUCGCCGUUUUCGCGGUCUGGGCCUUCUUUACCGUUGUCAUUCUCGUCUUGAUGGAGGGCCUCUCGGCGUUUCUUCAUACGCUUCGAUUGCAUUGGGUCGAGUUUAUGACGAAAUUCUACGAGGGCUUAGGACAGCCCUUCCAGCCAUUUUACUUCAAGAGUAUCCUAGACGCCGAGGAUGCCGAGGAAUAGAUGCCGUCGCUAGUCUUCACAGCAAUAAUUGUUAGAUAUAUAAUUAUUGGAUAUUAUGUCCGAAAGUUUCUUCAUUUUAAAUAUUUUCAUAUACGCGAGGCCUUGUCUUGUUGCCUAGGGAAGUACAAGAAAGACCAAAUUGUCAUGGAUUGUUUUAAAUGUCUGACAAUGUGCCUUCUUCAACAAUUGUAGCCAACGAUCACGUGUCUAUAAACAUUGGCCGAAUACGCGCGUGAUAAGAGUUUUAAAGAAACAUACGUUUUCUCAAUAUUUUUUUACACGUGGACAACAAUGCCGAGAAAUCAGUGCACAUUGCACAAGUUUGUCUUGCAGUUAGAGAUAUUCACUUUUAGAUUUUUAUUCAUUUCGCUGGAUUUGAAUAAAUCUAAAUACAAAAUUUUAUUUGCAUGCAAAGUCGGCUCUAAAUUUUAUCGCAGGUACAAAUUUUUGCUAAUUUUGAUCUCCUUAUAUAAUUCUUUUAAAUUACUUACAGUUUAACACUUUAAUACACUCUGAGGAGAGGAAGCGCAGCAUCUGCGCUUAUUAUUAGCAAAACGAAUUCAAUUGGUACGAAGUAAAUUAUUUCAUUUCAAGAUAAGAUUCGCGAUUCGAGCUGUCUGCUAAUUCUGCUCGUCCAACGUUAAACGGCCAUGAUCGCGGUAUUAUUUCAACGGAGGCGGAGAGUAGGUAUAAGAAAAAAAAACGCUUGUGAUUUAGCAAGUAUGCUGAUGCUGCCGAGUGCGCGUUAUAUUCAUUCCAUUAAUUACCUAGUAAAGUGGACAUGCCAUAGUCGAUGUAGCUCGUCAUUAAGCACGUCGCGCGUUGUAUUAUUUUAUGAUGUCGCGCUUAUAGUCGUUCUCUGCGCAGAAGAGCGGUGAUUGGAGCCGUUGUAAUUCUGGCGCUACGAUGAAGAAGUUAGAACGCGAAGAAAUUAUAAUUAUUACCGAUCCGAAUCGAUCGCCGCGUGCCGCGUUGUACAGCUUGAUCGAAGCUCGACAGACUCAGACGAGCGGCGAAUGUACAUUCUUGUAUUACCAGAGUACAAAUCCUCCCGAGUGAUUGGGUAACCAGAGGUAUUCGAAUUUGCGCCAAGUUACCGUUACGACUGUAUCCACCAUUAGGUAUUAAUGCGACGUCGGAAAGAGAGCGACGUGUACGUGCACAUUCGUGCGCGAGGUAUUCCCGAGGUCCCGAUCUUUCCAACGAUUUCCUCAAUGACACGAUUUUCAGCCCAACUUCUACGUUACACAUCUUUUGGCUCAAAUGUAUAAAUAAGAUUUAAAAUAGGGGUAUUCUCGUGAAUGAAAUUCAUGUGCCGCGACUAAUGAAACCCAAAUAUUGGGCUUUGUUUUCGCAAAAUUAAUUAAUUUACCAGUGUUAAUUGGUAAAUGAAUUAACUUUUCCUCUUUCAAUACCGAGCGUCAGAACGUUAAGGCAAGAGAUGAUUGUUGAAAAUUGUCUGUAAGGAAGAAAAUUAAUUUUUCCUAAGAAAGCCCCUACGGAAAACCAACGAAAUAGUUGCUAGAUAAUUACUGUACAUCAGUAAUGUUCAGGUAUAUACAUAUAUAUAUAUAUAAUUAUUUCAUUAGUUUUUUGUAAGGGAGUACUGAUUUUUAGCUUAGCUCGUGAAUUUCGUUGAAAUUUUAAGAUCGAGACCUCUGGGAUUAUUUGUGUAUAUGUAGAUAAAUAUUCAAUAUAUAUUUUAUCAAAGUGUUAAAAUAAACUGAUGAGUAUUGCAUA